CUCACGUCGGCACGCACGCAGCGUCCGGCACGCGUCCACGCCCGGAAGGACCGCAGCGCGGGACGCUCUAGUCGGCAGAGGCCCCGCACCCGCGCCGCGAUGUCGUACAUGCUCCCGCACCUGCACAACGGCUGGCAGGUGGACCAGGCCAUCCUGUCGGAGGAGGACCGCGUGGUGGUCAUCCGCUUCGGGCACGACUGGGACCCCACCUGCAUGAAGAUGGACGAGGUGCUCUACAGCAUCGCCGAGAAGGUUAAAAAUUUCGCAGUAAUUUAUCUUGUGGAUAUCACAGAAGUGCCUGACUUCAACAAGAUGUACGAGCUGUACGACCCGUGUACUGUCAUGUUUUUCUUCAGGAACAAGCACAUCAUGAUCGACCUGGGUACUGGUAACAACAACAAGAUCAACUGGGCCAUGGAAGACAAACAGGAAAUGAUAGACAUCAUCGAGACUGUGUACCGGGGCGCCCGGAAAGGCCGCGGCCUGGUCGUUUCUCCAAAGGAUUACUCCACAAAGUACAGAUACUGAGCUCAGCCCAGUCUCUGUGCGCAGAAGUGGCGUGGAGUCGUUUUCAUGUGGAAAUAUUGGAAACUAUUUAAAGCCUUAGAGCCAGCGUUUGGAAGAGAAUAUGAAGAUCACAGGGUUGGUUGGAGGGCCCUUGCUGUGGGGCUUGCAGAGCCUCAACUCCACCUGCCUGGCUGUUGUAUUUUUUUUUUUUUUUUUUUAAGAUUUUGUUUAUUUACUUGGCCCAGAGAGAGAGAGCAAGA